AUGGCGUCCGGAUCCAACACUUGCGUUGUAGAGCUGACCGAUUAUUCGGUGCUCCCCGCUCGGCCCUCUCCGACCAAAGACGGGAAGUGCUUUUCGGGGACCCGAGGGGCCGCUCGCUUGGGUUCUUCGACUCGGACCGGCUCCCGAUCUAGUUCCCGUCCGCCAGCGGAACUCGUCGAUUUCGAGGAAUUGGGAGGCAGUGGUCCCGAUGGACCCGUGGUCAAUGCUGUUGAGAAAUGGAAUUACCCUCGUAUCAAUGCCUACCGCGUACCAGCCACUUUUUGGAGUCUGCUGGUCAUGGGUGCUAACGAUGCAGCUUACGGUGCAUUGAUUCCCUACCUGGAGAAAUACUAUGAUCUAAACUACACCAUUGUCUCUCUGGUGUUCUUGUCCCCAUUUGCGGGUUAUGUCGCCUCUGCUAUCAUGAACAAUUGGCUCCAUCUCAAGAUCGGACAGCGAGGAAUCGGGACGAUAUGUGGCGCCUGCCACCUCGCAGCCUAUGUCAUCAUAUGCUUCCAUCCCCCGUAUGCCGUUCUUGUCGUCGCUUUUAUCCUCGCCGGUUUUGGCAACGGCAUUGGCGAUGCUGCUUGGAAUGCCUGGGUCGGUAACCUGGCCAAGGCGAGUGAAGUCUUGGGGUUCAUGCACGCUUUCUACGGCGCAGGAGGGGUUUUAAGCCCGUUGAUUGCGACGACCAUGAUUACCAAGGCGCACUUACCGUGGUACACUUUCUAUUAUGUCAUGAUCGCGAUGGCUGCCAUAGAACUAGUCGUCUUGCCCUGGUCCUUUUGGGGUUGCACUGGCGAGGCCUACAGAAAACUCUACCAUCAAGAGCACGGCACGGAAAACAAGACCGGACUGAAGGAUGCUCUGUUCAAACGACCCGCAGCCCGGGUUUCCUGGCUCUGCGCCGUCUUCCUCCUGGCCUAUGUCGGUGUCGAAGUCGCCUUGGGGGGAUGGAUUGUCACCUUUAUGAUCCAGGUCCGGGACGGACACGCCUUUGCUAGUGGCAUGACAGCAACUGGAUUUUGGCUCGGUCUCACGGUGGGUCGUGCAGUUUUGGGAUUCGUUACCCCCCGCCUAGGUGUCAAGCUGGGGAUUUCCGUCUACAUUGCCGCCGCAAUGGGCCUCCAGAUUCUCUUCUGGCUUGUGCCCAACUUUUACGUCUCGGCGGUUGCGGUUGCCCUCCAGGGUUUCUUCAUUGGCCCGUUCUUCCCAGGAAUCGUGCUUGUUGCGAGUGCCCUGCUUCCCCGUCACCUGCAUGUCGUCGUGAUUGGUUUCGCCGCCGCUUUUGGUGGAUGUGGUGCUGCGGUACUUCCUUUCGGAGUGGGUGCCCUGGCCCAAGUGAAGGGCGUGCAAGUCUUGCAGCCCAUCAUCUUGGCUUUGCUGGGGAUUUUGCUCGCGCUAUGGUUGUGCUUGCCUCGAAUUAGCAAGAAGAAGGAGUAG